AUGUUCAAGAGAGUUUCAAGUACUCUUGUAUCAUUACAGAACUGCCUUUUUUCACAGUUUCGUGGACAAUUGCCGAAGAACGCUAGAAUCUCGUUGCACAUUUCGAGAGCUACUAGUACACUAAUGAGCGCUCCAGCUACCAAUACCAUCUCUGCGCAAUUGCAGAAGCUCUCCAUUCAAGAGCCCACGAAAGUGGAGGGCUCCCAUCCAGAUGUCAAUGUAGUGGACCUUAUGAGAAAUUACAUCACUCAGGAGCUUUCGAAGAUUUCUGGUGUCGACCCAUCUUUGAUCUUUCCUGCAUUGGAAUGGACCAACACCAUGGAUAGAGGUGAUUUACUAAUUCCAGUGCCAAGGUUGAGAAUUAAGGGAUCCAAUCCUAAAGACUUAGCAGCCGAUUGGGCUUCCAAAUUCCCAUGCGGUGAAUUUUUGGAAAAAGUCGAGAAUAACGGUCCUUUCGUUCAAUUCUUCUUCAACCCAGAAUUUAUGUUCAAGACUGUUCUCCCAGACAUUUUAACUAGAAAAGAGGAAUAUGGUUCUUGUAAACUAGUCGAAGAUAAGAAAGUCAUCGUUGAGUUUUCUUCACCAAACAUUGCCAAACCAUUCCAUGCUGGUCAUUUGAGAUCCACCAUCAUUGGUGGUUUCCUCGCCAACUUGUACGAGAAAUGUGGUUGGGAAGUUAUUAGAAUGAACUACUUGGGUGACUGGGGUAAACAAUUCGGUCUUUUGGCCAUUGGUUUCGACAGAUACGGUGAUGAAGAGAAGCUUGUCAAGGACCCUAUCCAUCACUUGUUUGAAGUCUACGUUCGUAUCAACCAGGAUAUCGAGCAAGAAGGUGACACUCUUCCUCUGGAAGAAUCUACAAAUGGUAAAGCCCGUGAAUAUUUCAAGAAGAUGGAGGAUGGUGACCCAGAGGCUUUGAAAAUUUGGAAGAGAUUCCGUGAUUUCUCCAUUGAAAAAUACGUUGACACCUACGCCCGUUUGAAUAUCAAAUACGACGUUUACUCCGGUGAGUCCCAAGUUAGUAAGAAAAGUAUGAACAAGGCCUUAGAUCUAUUUGAGGAAAAGAAACUGAUUCACGAAGAUAAAGGUGCUAAAUUAAUUGAUCUGACCAAGUUCAACAAGAAAUUGGGUAAGACUAUCGUACAAAAAUCCGAUGGUACCACUUUGUAUCUAACCAGAGAUGUUGGUGCUGCCAUGGACCGUUACGAAAAGUACAAGUUUGACAAGAUGAUUUACGUUAUUGCCUGUCAACAAGAUCUACACACUGCUCAAUUUUUCGAAAUCUUGAAACAAUUAGGAUUCGAAUGGGCUCAUAACUUGCAACACGUCAACUUCGGUAUGGUCCAAGGCAUGUCCACUAGAAAGGGAAACGUUGUGUUUUUGGAUAACAUUUUAGAAGAGACCAAGGAAAAGAUGCACGAAGUGAUGAGAAAGAACGAAGUAAAAUACGCUCAAAUUCCUAACCCAGAUGAAGUGGCUGAUCUUGUUGGUAUCUCUGCCGUGAUGAUUCAAGAUAUGCAAUCCAAGCGUAUUAAUAACUACGACUUUAAGUGGGAAAGAAUGACUUCUUUCGAAGGUGACACUGGUCCUUACCUGCAAUACGCCCACUCUAGAUUGAGAUCAGUGGAGAGAAACGUCCCUGACAUCACUCCUGAAAAAUGGUUGAAGGCCGAUUUCUCUUUGUUGACAGAACCUGCUGCAGUCUUGUUGGUUAGAAUACUGGCACAAUACCCUGAUGUGUUGAGAAACGCCAUCAAGACCCAUGAACCUGCUACUGUGGUGACAUACUUGUUCAAAUUGACUCACCAAGUUUCUUCAUGUUACGACGUUCUGUGGGUUGCUGGCCAAACCGAAGAAUUGGCUACUGCUCGUCUGGCACUAUACGCUUCUGCUAGACAAGUGCUAUACAACGGUAUGCGUUUGUUGGGUUUGACUCCGGUCGAAAGAAUGUAG